AUCGUUCUUCGGAAAGCCAGCUGUCACAAAGGACCAAAGUGUCGCCGCCGAACCAAAAAGGUAUUUCACAAUGUUGUUGUAAUUGCAUCGAACGAUAUAAAAAAAAACUACCGUUCAUUCUCAUGUGACAAAUCCAUGAUGAACAUGAAAAAACGUGUGCUAUUCGCAACGUGGUUGCAAUCAGUUGUAUAAAUUCUGUUUUAAUGUACAUAUUUCAACAAUGUAUGCAUCAAAUGUAAUUCGAGUGUUAUCGUUUUGUAAUCGUAAUUUGGUUUUAUCGCGUCAAUUGUUAUCUAGUCAACAAUGUUUAAAACCACACAAUUUUCUUCUCAAUUUGCAACGAUGCAAAUCCAAUUCAAAGAGUAAAAGUUUAACCAGUGUAUUAUUUAGUGCAAGCAGCAGCCCCGAUGACAAUCACAAUGUGUCGAAAGGUAAGGCGCCAACAAAACGUCGUCGCAUCAUCUCAAGCAGCAGUUCCAGUGAUGAUAAUGAGAGAACGAGCCCGAGCAAAACAGUUGAUGAAGAAAAAUCGCCGCCGACAAAGCGAAAGUCUACAAGUACGGUCGUAAAGCAAGAGCUACCAUUACCAGGCAAGGAAAAUGAAAACGAAGUAGCAAAAAAGACUGAAACACCAAAGAAAACACCAGCCAAAGCUGCAACCAAAACUCCAGCCAAGAAGAAAACGCCAGCAAAAACUAAGACGCCCAAAACAAAUGAAAAAGUGACAGCUAAGAAGGCAUCGCCACCGGCAAAAUCACCCGUUAAGGUCAAAGCUGAAGCUCAAUCGCCGGCUAAAGUUGAAGAAGAGAAAACUGACGAAAAAAUGGACACGACCUCAAGCCCAAGCCCAACCAAAGUCAAGGAUGAAAAACCAAAGCCACAUCCAUUUUUCAGCAAACCGAAAGACAUCAAACUGCAAACGGCCGACGACACAUCCGAUGGAGCAUCGUACAACCCGGGCAAAGCAAAUUACCAUCCGAUUAAGGAUUGCUUCUGGAAGCAUGGCGAAAAAACCCCAUAUCUGGCAUUGGCUCGUACAUUCGAAGUGAUUGAAGAAAACAGCAGCCGAUUGCGUAUGAUAGAAAUUCUGGCGAAUUUCUUUCGAUCGGUCAUUGUGAACAGUCCAUCCGAUUUGAUUGCUUGUGUCUAUUUGUCGCUCAAUAAAUUGGCACCAGACUACGUUGGCUUGGAGUUGGGCAUCGCUGAAACGUCACUAAUGAAGGUCAUUGCACAAACAACCGGCCGAAGUAUGGCACAGGUAAAGGCAGAUGCUCAAAGCACCGGCGAUUUGGGCAUCGUUGCGGAAAAAUCAAAGAGCAAUCAACGAAUGAUGUUCACACCGGCUCCAUUGACCGUUGAUAGUGUAUUCACCAAGCUAAAAGAUAUCGCCAACAUGAGUGGACAAUCGGCAAUGAACAAAAAAGUUGAUAAGAUUCAGUCGAUUUUCGUAGCAUGUCGCCACUCAGAGGCACGGUUCAUCAUGCGAUCGCUAUUGGGUAAACUUCGUAUCGGUUUGGCCGAACAGUCACUGUUACAAGCACUGGCUCAGGCAUGUGCAUAUACACCGCCCAAUCAGUAUGCAAACGGUGAAUCAUUUCCACCAAAAGUUAUCAACGCAAAAAUAACAAAGGAACAAAUUGAAGAAGUUGCUUUGAUCAUCAAAACAACUUACUGCCAAUGCCCGAAUUAUGAUCGUAUUUGCGAAGUCCUCUUGAAAUACGGCGUUAAUGAAUUGUUGGACAAAUGUCAAAUGGCACCUGGCACACCUCUAAAACCUAUGUUGGCACAUCCAACGAAAGGAGUUUCCGAAGUUCUGCAACGAUUCGAAGGCAUCAAAUUUACAUGCGAAUAUAAGUAUGAUGGUGAACGUGCUCAGAUUCACAUAGCUGAGAACGGCACCGUAAGCAUUUAUAGUCGCAAUCAGGAAAACAACACAACAAAAUAUCCAGAUAUCAUUUCACGAAUCGAAAAACUUAAACGUGAUGGCGUCACAUCGUGCAUUUUGGACUCAGAAGUCGUCGCUUGGGAUGAAGAACGUCAGCAAAUUCUGCCGUUCCAAGUGCUGAGCACGCGCAAGCGCAAGGAUGCCGAUAAAGAAGAGAUCAAAGUGAAAGUGUGUGUUUACUUGUUUGAUUUGUUGUAUUUCAACGGUGAACCGUUGGUAACCAAACCGUUUUCGGAACGUCGUCGUCUAUUGAUUGAAAAUUUCCAAGAAGUGGAAAGCGAAUGGAAAUUUGCCACAUCGCUCGAUACCAGUGACAUUGACGAGUUGCAAUCAUUCCUGAACGAAUCGGUCAAAGGAAACUGCGAAGGUUUAAUGGUCAAAACUCUAGACAAAGAUGCAACAUACGAAAUUGCCAAGCGUUCACGAAAUUGGCUCAAAUUGAAGAAGGAUUAUUUGGAAGGAGCUGGUGAUUCAUUGGAUUUGGUUGUGAUCGGUGGAUACAAAGGCAAGGGCAAGCGAACUGGCACCUAUGGCGGAUUCUUGCUUGCGUGUUAUGAUGCCGAAAAUGAAGAAUACCAAACGAUUUGCAAACUUGGUACCGGUUUCAGUGACGAAGAUCUCCAGACACACACCGAGUCCCUCAAACAACACGUCAUUCCGUCGGCAAAAUCGUACUAUCGCUACGAAUCAUCACUCGAACCCGAUGAUUGGUUUGAUCCAGUUCAAGUGUGGGAAGUUCUGUGCGCCGAUCUCUCGCUCAGUCCAGUGCAUCAAGCUGGCAAAGGCAUUAUAGAUCAAGAGAAAGGAAUCUCGUUGCGUUUCCCUCGAUUCAUUCGUAUCCGUGACGACAAGUCAGCUGAAGAUGCGACCUCCGCUCAACAAGUCGCCGACAUGUAUUCCAACCAGGAUCAGAUCAAGAACCAGGACAAAGCCAGCAAUCGAAACAUCGAGGAAGACUUCUAUUAAGGCCAUUCUUCAUUGUAUUCUCAGAUAUAUUUUCAUUGUAAUGUUGAUCGUUCAAUUCACUCAUGGUCGGUGAAUAUUCACAUUUUGGCAAAAAGUUCAUUAUUAUCGGAAAUCGCAAUUUUGUUUUGUUUAGUUGAAAAGAAAAGGAAAAUUUGUUACGUACGUCACUUUUGACAUGGCUUCAUUGUUACUAUACACGUAUGUAGAGCGAUCAUUUUUUUUCUGCGUUCAUUCUAAAUUUCUAAUGCUAGAGCAUAGUACAUAUUAAGAAAAUCGAAAUAAAAACAAAACUACAAGUGACUUAAAAUGUAAACAAAAA